AUGUCCUCUGUGCGACCGACCAAAGAGUUCACUGUCGCCAUCGUUGGUGGUGGUAUUGGAGGCCUGACUUUGGCCGUCGGGUUACUGAGGCGCGGCGUGCCAGUUCGCAUCUAUGAGUCUGCCCCAGCCUUCAAGGAGAUUGGCUUGGGGUUGACUAUCGGUCCUGCUGCCCACCGCGCUAUGCCCCUGAUAGACCCGCAGAUUCGCGAACUGUAUGAUUCUCUCAUAACUACCCAUGCGGACAGUCCGGGGUACGAGCGAUUUCGACAAACCUGGUUCGAGGUUAUUUGGGCGACGGGCGACAAGGCGGGAGAAGUACUGCUAGAUCUCAAAGCUCUUCCGUCUGGACAAACAUCGGUGCGAAGGGCCGACUUUCUGGAUGCGCUAGUCAGUCUCAUACCACCAGACAUUUCCAAUUUUGGAAAGCGGAUGGUCAGUCUCUCUGAAACUCCGAACGGCAUGGACCUCUUCUUUGAGGAUGGCACUUCAGCUACUGCAGAUGUAGUGAUUGGAUGCGACGGAAUCCGCUCAACUGUAAAGGAGUUCGUUGUUCCCGAGGAGUACCGACAGAGCUUGCCACGCUAUAGCGGCAUGUACGGGUAUCGUGCAGUGUUGGACAUGGAGACAAUGGUCAAAGCGGUUGGAGACCACCGUGCCCGUGUGUCUAGCAUGUACAUAGGACACGGUGCCUAUGGAAUCACGUAUCCGAUUGCGCGGGCCAAGAAGGUCAACGCCGCCUUUUAUACUUUCCGUGACGAGUGGGAUAGUGACACUUGGGUUCGUCCCGCGAGCAUGGCCGAUAUGAUGAAAGAUCUUGAGCCGGUCAUGGGAGGUUGUGUUAAUAGUCUACUCCAGCACAUGCCCGAUACCUCUCAGUGGGCCAUCUUUGAGCAGACACCGAUCUCCACCUUCAUCAGGUCGCGAGUGGCACUUACCGGGGAUGCGGCACACGCAUGUACGCCGCACCAGGGGGCGGGAGCCGGCCAAGCUAUUGAGGACUCUCAUGUUCUUGCGGAGCUUCUGGGGGAUGCGCGAGUGAUUCGAGUGGAAGACGCCGUCGCUGCCUUUGAAGCCUAUGAUGCGAUUCGCCGGCCACGGAGUCGCAAAGUGAUCGAUAGCAGCAAACAGAAUGCUUACCUAUUGAGCCUGUGUCUCGAUGGUGUUGGAGCUGAUGACGAGAAGUUCAAAUCAGCAUUGCAAGAGCGAUUGCAAUGGCUAUGGGACAUUGACGUGGAGGACCAAGUGGAGAGGGCGAGGACGGACAUGCUGAAGCGAUUGGGAAGGGGGUAG